CAGUGUGCAGUAACUAAUGAAAAUGGCUAAUUGUCAGGCUUGCUGUUGCAGCAGGCGAACCCUAGUGAUUACCUUACUAGACUAGUGGACGUAGUACAGUUUCAUCGGAGAUUAUGGCUUCUGGUGCGUCUUCCUUGGACAGUGCUGGAAGCAGUGAUGGAGCUCUCAAUAUGGAGAGGGAUAGCGGAGGCUACGGCGGUGUCGGAAGUCCUGUCAGGGGCCUCGAAUGCCGGGACUAUGAAGGUUUACAAAAUCAAUGUGAACAAGCAUUGCACCAGCUGCAGCUACUUAGGCAUAAACACAAUGAUAUCAUUCGACGGUAUGAGCAUACUAUGAAGGAAUUGGAGUACUAUCGAACACAGCACGGAGCAGCCAUGAAUCAACUGGAGGCAAAUUCACAGGAGAGCUCCGCGCUCAGGGGAAAGUACGGAGAACUUGUCAAUGACAACCAACGACUGGAUCGAGAGGUUCAAGCUUUACAAAAGGAAGUUUCCGAAUUAAGGUUGCAGAACCAGCAAGUCCUCGGGACUGAUUCGAACAAUAGUGAUAGCAUGAAUCAACAUUAUUUAUCUGCUCUUCGAAAGUAUGAGGCUGUUAAAGACGAGUACGAUUCCCUGAGGAAGCGAUACGACGACAUAGUAUCUUCUCAUUCCUCUGCUGUAAACAAGUUGGAACUUGGACAGGAAGAGGCUGCAAGGUUGAAGAAACAGAACGACGAGGUCAUCCAGGAACGGAACGACCUCGUCCGACAAAGAAACGGAUUCAAACAGCAAUGCACCGCAGCCAUUCGAGAAUGGGAUAACGCUCUCAGAGAGAAAAAGGAGUAUCAAGAAGCUCUUGCGAAGUUACAACAGCAGCACGAGGAGGCUGUCAAGGAAAUUAAUCAAGCAAUGGUUCUUCGUAUGAAGGCUAGUAAAGACAUGAAACGUUUGACGGAGGAAAGAAAUGCAGCUUUGCAGGAAUAUAGUUUGAUAAUGGGAGAAAGAGACACCGUGCACAAGGAAAUGGAGAAGCUCGGUGACGAUCUUACUCAAGCCUACACAAAAAUCACGCAUCUGGAAAACCAAAAUAAGCAGCUCGUCGAGGAGAAAAAGACCCUCUCCUAUCAAAUCGAGACCCUUCAGCGAGAGAUUUCCUCAGCUCUUCACGAUCGGGACGAGGCUUUAAAAGAAUGCAACGAACUCCGGCAGAAAUUUGGUGAUUUCUCGGAAGGAGCAAGUAGAGACUAUAAAAAUCGUUUGGAACUUAAUUCCUAUAGUCGUGAGAGAGAUAACGCGAGUAAAGAAGCAGAAAAGGAAACUAGUAUUCGAGAUUACGCUAAACGAGAAAAGGAACGACUCGAUAAUCUGGACCAGGCAAAUCUCGAGUUAGAUAAACUCCGAAAAUUCGUAGACACGUUACAAGCUGAUCUUGAAGAAGCUGUCCAAGAAGCCGAAGUUUCGAAACGAAGACGAGACUGGGCGUUCAGCGAAAGAGACAAAAUUGUUCUCGAGAGAGAGAGCAUCAGAACGCUUUGCGACAGGCUGAGAAAGGAAAGAGAUCGAGCCGUUUCUGAAUUAGCAAGCGCCUUGAAAGAUUCGGAUAAUAUUAAAAAACAGAGGAACGAGGCUUCGAAGGAGUUGAAGGAUCUUAAAGAAAAGAUUGAAUCUGGAGAUCACGCUCUUCGAACAAGUCAAUAUGGCCACGAUGGUGCUAUUGAAACGGAGGUUAAUGAAUGGGAUGUGUUGACCAUUCAUCUGGACCUUGGACGGCUUUGUUUGGACUCGGAUAGAGAUUUGGGACUGGUGCUAGUCGGAGGUCGAGAAAAUCCACAUUAUCCGAACGAUACGGGAGUUUAUGUAGCGCAAGUCACCCAAGGAAGUAUUGCUGAUGGAAAGUUGAGGAUUAAUGACUGCAUUAUGAGGGUCAAUAGUGUCGACUGCACUUCGGUGUCGACGAGGAUGAUUUUAGAAACUUUAAGAUCUUCGACGGUUGGAGCUGCCACAUUGACUAUCAGAAGGAGAAGGUUGAGCAGAAGAGCUUUGAGGACCACGCAACUUCCUGUUAGCUCGGUUCCAAAUGGUAUUACCUUGGAGAUUGGAAUUUAUAUCUCCAAGAUCUCGCCUGGCAGUCUCGCUGCUAAGGAUGGAUACCUGGCUGUUGGCGAUCGAGUUUUAAAUAUAAACAGCAAGGCAAUGGACAGCGUAACCUCAUCCCACGAGGCGAUGGCGAUCUUGAACGACAACUCCUCAGACGUUCUAACCAUCACAACCCUCAAAGGCAUUCCUCUCCCGACAGCAACAAGCACUGACUCGAUGCCUCUUGACGGGAGCUUCAGUCCAGAGAAGCAAAAAAUGGUCAACAGUUGUUCCCAAACCGAGCAUGAACGUCUCAUGCUGAAAACCACCUCCGACGACUACGAGCGUCGCUAUAUCGCCUCCAAUUUCGGCGAGCGGAGUGUCUACAAAGUCUCAAAAUCCGUCAGCAGUGAAAAGCCCAGCGGCAUCAGUCACGCCUGGGAUAACUUUCGUGAAAAAAUCGAUAUCGUGCGCGGAAGAAGACACAGCAAAGAGCGAGAAGACAAGAAAAAACGACAUCGCAACUCUAGUCCAAACACUUUCGAGCAGGAACAAGUCGCAAUCGCCGAGCUGGACUCCGUCAUCGAGAGCUACCACAAAAAGCCCAACAACGGCGUUUUAAAGCGCAGCAAGCGUCGCGGCGCCGAAAAAGUCGAUAAAAAUGGCGGCACCUGGCCCAAAGCCCGAGGCGGACCCCUACUUCAAAAUGGCACCGGGACGAUUCUCCACCCUCGGAAAACCAAGGAGCGACUUCCACUCAGUGUUCUUCUAAAUCAGCCGCCUAAGUACGAGAGUUACAAUUACAAUCGGAUCUCAAAUCCUAUUCCCUUAACGAAUUUUUCCAACGCCAAUAAUAGGCACACCGUUUUUAUUUCUGACACCAGUAAAUCGACUCAGCUCUUCAGCCAAAAGUCCUUCACACCUGCUCUCCAAUUCAAGGACAAGAAGGCUCUGAGUGAGUUCGACCCCGGAGAAAAUAGAUUGAGCUCCGCCCUUGCGCCUUCCGAAACCAGCAUAGACUUUUCAGUUAAGUCUGGAAACGUUGGAAGGGACGUGGACUACUGCAUGAAAAAGCGAACUCCCAAGUAUCUUCCUGGCGAAAGUCAGGGUGAUCCUCUUCAGCACAAUAGAGCACAUUCUCAGCUUUAUAGUGGAAUGGGAAGCUCGUCAACUUCGUCGACUGUUGGUGCCAGACAACAGAUGGCUGGUAAUUUCUCUUUUCCCCCAUUCACGCACCCGCAUCCGCAUCAGCAAAAUUCUCUGUCGUCGAGGUACCCCUCGCCACCCUCACUACCAUCGGCUCAGUCAGGAGAGUCGCUUGGUCUUCCCGAUGCACGAUCCUUCUGUUUUGAACCACCCUACAGUCCUGGACCUCAGUCGGGGUUUGGACACUUGCACACACCCUCGGACCUUCAUUAUCACCAAACCAGAGCACACCCUCUCACUCCUUACGAUGUUCCGGCCUACACGCAUGGAUAUGAGGGCGGCACCUUUCCAAGGAAGAAGGAGAAUCAGAGGUUCCGGAUACCUUCGAAUCCGAGCGUCACGCCGAAAAAUAGUGUGGGAAAGUUGUCGACGGGUAGUAUAGAGAGAACUUCUGAAAGGGGAAGUCCGAUGCCGACUUUUCACGUGGAGGUGCUGAGUCCUGGAACUGGGGGAAAUGCGAGUGUGAAUAAAAGGUCAAGUAUGCCCGAUUAUUGUUACUCACAACCGAGACCAGCACCUGGUGAAUUGAGAAGAGUUCAUAUUGAUAAGUCGGUAGAGCCAUUGGGGAUCCAGAUCUCGUGUUUGGACAGUGGAGGCGUCUUCGUUUCGACGGUCAGUGAACACAGUUUGGCCUCCCAGGUUGGAUUGCAGAUUGGAGAUCAGCUGCUGGAGGUUUGUGGCAUCAAUAUGAGAAGUGCGACCUACCAACUGGCUGCUAAUGUUUUGAGGCAGUGUGGUAAUUCCAUAACAAUGCUGGUGCAGUACAGUCCUGACAAAUACAACGAACUAGAUGGUUCAGGAUCCUCAAGUUCCUCAGAAGCCGGUGGCGAAGAAGCUGGAAGUCGCAGUGGAUCCCCCACACCGUGCAACAGUCCAGAAGCUCACAGAAAGACCCCCAGCGAACCCCUCGAAUCAUCCGAACCAGAACGAGAUGGUUCCUCGAACUUAAACACAAUGAGAAGCGAGAGGAAUCGAGAUCGGGAGAGGGAACGCGAUGUUAGAGCCUCAGCUUCCGUGGAAGUAAAAAGCAAUCAAGACAGAGAACGCGACAUCCGAAACUCGGCUUCACUGGACAUAAAUAUCAGGAAACCCGAACUCCGAAACUCAGCGACCCUGGAAAACAUGCGGAAUUCUGCGACCUUGGAUUCCCUUCGGAGCGCCACUGGAACCUUGACUCGAGCUCAGAUCAAUCAAGCAGCCACGACCUUGCAAAGACAAAACGCGACCGUGCGAAGUCCAACUCAGGAAGAGCAGAAUCAAGCAGCUCCUCCAAGAGAACCUAGGUAUAUAUUCAUGGAAACGAGAAAGUGUUCCAAUCUGGGAAUUUCUCUGGUGGGAGGAAACAGUGUUGGGAUCUUUGUUCACACCGUCCAACCUGGAUGUCUCGCUGAAGAAGCUGGACUUCGAACUGGAGAUCGAAUUCUAGAGUUUAAUGGAGUUGAUUUAACCAAUGCAACUGCUGAGAAGGCUGCUGUGGAAUUAGCAAAGCCAACAGACAAAGUGACGCUGGUUGCUCAGUAUAUGCCCGAGAGGUACAAUGAAGUGAAGGAUAAGCCUGGGGAUAGUUUCUACGUCAAGGCGAUGUUCGAUCGAGUUGGAGAAGUCGGAGAAAGAAUGCACAUGAGGUUUAAUAAGGAUGAUAUUCUUUAUGUGGAUAAUACCAUGUUUAAUGGAACACCCGGACACUGGAGAGCUUGGCUGAUUGAUCAUAAUGGAAAGAAAAUGACAUGCGGCAUCAUUCCCAGUAAAUCAAAGUAAGUUGAUAACGAGGGAUUGGCUAGUCGAUUUUUUAGUGUAAUCCAAUUUCAAUAUUUCACAUAGAUUUAAAAAGAUUUCAGAAAAAUUUUAAACAUUUCACAGAGACGCAGUUUCUUCCGUCGAAAGAAACAGCAUACGAGAUCAUCAAGUAGAGACAGCAAAGAACUAUCGCACCUUACGGGUGUAAAUAUGGGAUGGUAUAGCGACAGUGGAACACUCAACGAAGAAAAUUUCCCAGCUAGUUACCAACGAGUUGAAAGGCUUGAUUAUCCGGCUUUGAGACCCAUUCUAUUAAUUGGUCCUCUUAGUGAAUGCGUGUUGGGAAGGUUACUACAAGAAUGCCCAGGGGAAUUCAUUAGGUGUCUUCCGGAACCGAUGCACUAUUCGCAAGCGACACUCGAGCAAGGACUACGGGAUUCGAAUUAUGUCGAUUAUAGAAAGAAAGGAAGUUACUUUGAAUGCACGACUGUACAAGCUGUAAAAGCAAUAUGUGAAAAAAGUGUCCACUGUAUUCUCGACAUUUCGAUUGCCUCGAUCGAACGACUUCACAGGCAUCAGAUUUAUCCCAUCGUUUUGCUGAUUAAAUUCAAGAGCACAAAACAUAUUAAGGAAGUUAAGGAUUCGAGGUAUCCUAGCGAAAAGGUCAGUGCGAAGGCUGCGAAAGAAAUGUACGAACAAGCACUUAAGUCAGAGGCUGAGUACCGGCAUGUCGUCUCCGCAAUUAUUCCAGCAGGAGCGAGCAUAAAAGAAAUCGUCGACCAAGUAAAGGAAACCAUUGAAGCCGAGCAAAGCAAAGCCCUAUGGGUUCCACGAGGACCCACCUGACAUUCGAGGGGGGGUCCCCACAAACCGCAGUGGAAAUCAAUCUAAAUUCCAUCCGGGGGCCCUUUCAUCGAAAAUACGUAAAAUUACAAAUCUUUAUCAAAUUGUUAUUUAUGGUCUCGAUCUCGAAUCACAAUUCUUUCUCAUUAUCAGAGCAAAACCUCACUGAAUAACCUCUUUUUCUCCAUUCGUCCAAGAAAAAAAGCUCAUUCGGUUUCUUCUUGCUCAACUCUCGUUGGUUGUGAUAUUUCAGAAUUCCGGUUUUCCAAUUUCACUUCUUUAUUCACAUUCAUCUCCCCCCACACAGUAUUGUAAUGUUAUUCGUUUCUAAUCACGAUGGCAGUAUUCUCACCUACGUUAUAGUUCUUCUUGAUUUAAUUACUGCCAGCUGGUUUUACCUGGCAGAAUUUUCGCGACUAUUUCCUUAGCACUGAAGUAUUGCCAUCUCUUUAAGCUCUUAAGGGGAGAUAAAAAGGAUAAUUUAGCAAGCAUAAUAGCGUAAAGGAAAGCACAGUCUGUGCAAUUCAGUGAGACCAUAAGUGAGUGACUGUAUCGAUUAAUUGACUCGUUAUUCGUAUUUAAACGUGGCCCUUUUAUUAGCUUAUUUAUCAAUUAGAAAAGAAACGAGAUACAGUUGAAAACUUUAGAAUUUUUUAGAGGGUGGCCACUGGUUCAGUAACAAUGGGAAAUGACAGUGAUUUAUGUUUUAAUCUGAAUUUUUUAAAUUUUAGUAGAAAAACGUAUACUGUUACUUAAAACUGUAUUAUUUCGAUACCACAUGAAUUUGUGCUUUUGAGUUUGAUCUGAAUUUUGUUUGCAAUUUAUACGACUCCGCAAUUUUAAAUUGUAGAAUUUUAAGCGCUUACAAUUUUCAAAUGUUCCAUUUUUAAAAGCUUCUACAAAAAAUCGACUCCAAGCGAAGUUAUUGUGUUAAUAAUGUAAGAAGAUAUUACAACGUUUUUAGGCUGAUUUGAAAGAUUUUCUAUAGAAAUGCAUAAUAUUUCAGAUUAUUUGGAAUUUUAGGCAAAUUUUACGAAAUGUAUAAGAUUAUUAAUUAUGUAUGUAAAUUUCAAACAUGUGUUUUUUUGAGUUAAUCAUAUUUUAAAUUUUCACAAUUUUCAUCACAAGUUGAAAAAAAUUCCAUGAAAUAUCUUUAAAAUGAGCCCAAAAAAAUUGUAAAAUGUUUAGUAUUAUGAUAUAUAUUAAUAAUUUACGAACGCACUGAUAUUGGCACAUUUUAUAUUCGCUUGGUGUUGAUUUUCUGAAGAAUUUGGAUGUAUUUUAUAAUAAUUUGGAGAAAAAAGGUUAUACUGUAAUAGCGAAAUUCUAAGAAAAAUGUAUUUUUAAGCAUGAACUUCUUUGUAUUUUAUGAGAUUCUUCAGUUUUAAUUGAUCAAUUUACUGUUUUAAACCCCUU